AUGCUCAGUCACGGCCUGCUGCCUGUCGCCGGCCGGACAGGGUUCGCCAUCGCCCGCGAGCUGAGUCUGGCCCGCGCCUCACACGUGUACGCCGACGGCGCCAUCGGCACUGGCGCCUUCUUCGUCACGUAUUCGCUGGGACGUGUGCCACCAACCGGCGCAUGGGCUUCGCACAGCGCCCUCUGGUGCUGCGGCUUUAUGCUGUACACGUUGGUGUCGCUGUUCGGCAUAGCGCUGUGGACGACGGUGACGGACCUGGUGCAGCACUACCGAGACAGCCAGGCUGACCAGGCUGCUGCCCAGCUCGGGGCCACCUACGCCUGGGGCGGUGUCGAGUUCUAUGAGAAGAUGCUGGAGCGUAACCGUGCGCUGCGCCGGCUGCUUGGUGACCCGGCGAGCGCCAGUUACUCGGCCUACGGAAACGAGCUGUACAUGCUGCGAAACGCCGCGCAUGCCCGUCACCGAACGCUGGAGACGCUGCGCGCGUACUGCCACUCGGAUGGCGAGGAUGUGUAUCGUACGAUAGCGAUUGAGGCGCGCCACAUCUGA